AUGCCAGUCACUGCUACGUCUCAGUUGGGACGAGCUCGCAGGCUUGUGGUUUUGCAGGUGCUUGGUCUAUCCUUUAGCCUCGUGCUCACAACUUUUGCCCUCCCAGCGGCAUUUUUUUUCUAUUGGCGCUACACACGUGCAAUUGGAGAUGCUCGGGUAUAUAUGUUUGAGUGGAUGUUGGAUUUCACGGGGGUUUUUGAAACUGAAAACGCCGGGGUGUUUGAAGCUGGAGACGAAGCUCUUGCGUCGGUGGCAGUUUUCGUUCAGGCUGCGGAUAUCCUAGGGAAUGCGGUCGCUGUGUUGCUUCUGUCCGGCAGCCACAGGUUGCUGGCAGAAGAUCAGCAGAAAGGUUGCUGUAUAGGCUCCACGGAUGAUCGCAGAGCAGCGCUGGCAGAGGAAACCGAAUGGACGCCAGCUUGGAAAGCAAAGGUUGAAGAACUUUCGUUGAGAGGCAUGACGCUGCGCAGCCUGUUGCAGUUCUACCAGGAAAACCUUCCCACCAUGCCGGACUGGACGUAUGCUCCUGCGGAGCACAAGACCAGAGACGUGGUUCGUAGGGCAAUUAUUCCUCUCACCAGCAAAGAAGAAUCUGCAUAUGCAGCCUCAGCUUUGAACGGGGAUGGUCCUCAACGUGCCCAAGUCAUGGUGACCCACAACUGGGGCAAUUGCUUCAAAGAUUUGCUCGCAGCUGUCGUUUCAGAUGCCCUGCAAGAAUGCAGCUUCAACUUGGCAACAAACCUGUUGGAAGACGACCCCGCGUUCCUGUAUGAGAUCCUGGCAAAGACCGCGUGCCUCGAUCACACGUAUUGGAUUUGUUCAUUUGCAGUGAACCAGCAUAUUUGCAUUUGCCACAGCAAUCCUUACGACCGCGAUCCUUUUACGCGUGAGUUGCAUCCGGUUUGUACUUGCAGUAGCGCCAAUAUCUUUGAUCCCGAUGGUCGAAGCACGCUGUCAGAGAUCAACAAAUUUGAUGACAUGAUGUACCACCUUUCCGCAACAGGGGACUGCAGGCAAGUUAUUGCGGCAGACAAAGCUCUUGACUUGUUUAAUCGUGCUUGGUGCGUCGCUGAGAUUGCAGAAGCCAAGCGUCUACAAAUGACGCAGGCGCUAAAGUUUGCAUCCAAAGCGGCCAUCAUGCCAAGAAUGCACACUUUGGAGAACUUGGAUGUUCGCAGCAUGCGUGCAUCUUCCGAAACAGACAAAGAAUUCAUACUAAACAAGAUUGCGCACAACACGGGCGUCGAGCAAUUCAACACAGAGCUGCAGUCGCUCAUUUUAGAUCCGAAGUCCGGCCUUCUAGCAUCUUGGCAUGCCAUGGACAGUUGGCAGCAAAUUAGAGAAGUGGGCCGGCUAAUUCGAUGGGGGCUUGCUGAUGGCGGCACUGGGAAGGUGUGGAAAGCAUGGGAAGCCCAUGAAUGA